AUGAUGGGUGUUCGACACGUGUACGUCCUGCUCGCCACGAUCGUCGCGUCGACGCUCGCGACCGCCCAAGCCCAAGUCUCAGGCGAUUGUGGAGGCGGUAAGAACGGCAACAGACCGAGCAACAACUGCGCGGUCAACAGGCCGUAUUCUUCGUAUGGGGAUGAGACUUACUGGGACAACUGCGCCAACCCGUACUACUGCUACUACAAUUCGGCUCCAAAGUAUGGAUCGACUGGUCCGUACGGCUUCAGCGGAUGGAAUCCGUGCUCCAACGUCGUGGGAGCUUACAGUCAGGGUCAGUGUAGGGACUGCGUCGGGUCUUUCGGGUCGUGGGGCUCGUGCAGCUCGACCCAGUGCGGGGUGUACGGCACGAGGACGAGGAAGUACACGCAGACCACCACACGCAGCGGAAGGGGCGCGGUGGAGUGCCCGUAUUCGCACAACCACGUCGAGUCGGAGUCGUGUUAUCCGGGGCACUGUCCGCCUCCUCCGCCGUCUCCGUCUCCUCCGCCGCCGUCUCCGCCGUCUCCGCCUCCGGCUCAACCCGACGUGCACUUGUACUCGCAGAGAGAGGAGAAGCCGUGCGACGGCGACGAGUACUGCUGCGCCGAGACGACGUGGAAUAAGAUGGGAAAAUUCGGCUUCGAGUCCGGGUGCUCGAGAACGGUGCGCGCGGAACGGUUCGUGGUGAACGCCGAGCCGAAGAGCGUGCAGCACACAUCGCAACCCGUCGUCUCGAGCAACGUCACGGGUCUGCGGGAGGAUUCCACCUACGCCGUGGAGGUGUACGCUUUCCAGUCUGGCAACGAGACGGCCGCGACGGCGAAUGUUUCAUUCACGGCGGAUGGCGCGACGCAUCAGUUCGCGUCGUGCGACGUCUCGACCGUCGCGUCGGACGCGUGCGCGUUCCGCCGAUGCGGGACGUUCGACCUGACCCUCGCCGCGGGAUCUGGUGAAGGAGUGCGACUGCGAGUUUGCCAGCGACGACGGGGCGAAUUCCGGGUGCUUCGCGAGGACGCCGGACUACGAAACUCACUCGCACGACGCCCACGUCGACGCGGUGAAGCACGUCGUCGCCGGUUACAAGCUCGUGUUCGUGCCGAAGAACUGGGAGGCGGACGAACGGGAGUCGCUGCGAUCGCGGGGGGCGCACGGGUGGAGGCUGUCUAA